AGGUUCGUCAGUCUUCAUUUUCGUUCCCGGUCGGCGAGGACAGCGUUUGGAUACUUCGGCUACACACUGCUGUGACAACUGCCGAAACUCGAAGCACAAACUGGACCAGACUGCAACCUGACAGUUUUCUGGAUUUAUCGUUACCGUUUCUAAAGGGAUUACUACUAACCACUGUGAACGAGUUCUGACGAGGCUGGCCUUAAAGCGAUGUGAUGAGACCGCGGGGGAAGAGUCCACUUCAAGUCGGAAUCAUUCCGCCGGACGGAGAGCUUUUCAUGUUGCUGCUCAAGUUCCUCCAGGAAACGCUGAAAAAGUCGAAAAAGGCCGGGAAACAGGCUGCCAAGCUGCCGGUAUGCUAUGAGAUUUUAACUCUGUCACUGAAGAAGAAGAUGGCAGCAGAACUGUUCUCAGCGAAGAGUCACACCAACCUCCAGCACACCAGCGGGACCACCGCAGUCAGCCCCGCCGAGGGGAAGAGCUUCGGGUCGGCCACACAGCCGCUCAGCACCGCCGCGUCCCCCACCGCGUCCCCCACCGCACAGCAGAACAUCCUGAACAACAACACGGAGGAGCCCAGCUCGAGCGGUACGGCUCACCCGACACUACGGGAGAGAAAUGCCUCAAUGUUUAAUAACGAAGUGAUGGCAGACGUCCAUUUUAUCGUCGGUCCACCGGGAGACACGCGCAGGAUUCCGGCACACAAGUACGUCCUGGCCGUCGGGAGUUCCGUCUUCUGCGCCAUGUUCUACGGCGACCUGGCGGAGACCGAGCGCGAGAUUCAUAUUCCAGAUGUGGAGCCGGGCGCGUUCCUCAUCCUCCUGAGGUACUUGUACAGCGAUGAGAUGGAGCUGACGCCCGACACCGUGUUGGCCGUUCUCUACGCCUCCAAGAAGUACCUGGUGUGUGUGUUGGCGCGCGCGUGUGUGUCCUUCCUGGAGCGCAGCCUGGAGGCGGCCAACGCCUGCGUGCUGCUGUGCCAGGGCGUGCUCUUCGACGAGGCCCACCUAUCGCAGCGCUGCUGGGAGAUGAUUGACGCGCAGGCCGAGCUCGCCCUCCAAUCGGACGCCUUCUGCCAGAUGGACCCGCCCACGCUGGAGACGCUGCUCCGGCGCGAGACGCUGAGCGCCCGCGAGGCGAGUGUGUUCGGCGCCGUGAGCCGCUGGGCCGAGGCGGAGUGUGUGCGGCGCGGCCUGAGUGUGUGCGCGCGGAACAAGCGGAGUGUGUGUGGCAAGGCUCUGGAGCUGGUCCGCGUGGCCUCGCUCUCGCUGCAGGAGUUUGCCGACGGCCCCGCCCAGUCCGACCUGCUCACGCUGGAGGAGACCAAUCAGAUGUUCCUCUGGUACACCGCCGCCAACAAGCCCCGCCCCCCCUUCCCCUCGUCGCCACGGCGAGGCCUGACCCCCCAGCGGUGCCGCCGCUUCCAGUCGGCCGCCUACCGUAGCAACCAGUGGCGUUACCGGGGCCGCUGCGACAGCAUCCAGUUCUCCGCCGACCGCCGCGUCUUCCUGGCCGGCGUGGGCCUCUACGGGUCGAGCGGAACCGCGGCGGAGUACGGCGUGCGCGUGGAACUCAAGCGGCAGGGCGUCACGCUCGCUCUCGCACACACACACUUCACGGCGGACGGCUCCAGCGGCACGUUCCCCGUGUUCCUGGAGCACCCGGUGCUGGUGGAGCCGGACGCGUUCUACACGGUCAGCGUGGUUCUGGAGGGGACGGAGCUCAGCUACUUCGGCCAGGAGGGGCUCACGGAGGCUCAGAGCGGGAACGUCACCUUCCAGUUCCAGUGUUCCUCCGACAGCACCAACGGAACCGGCGUGCAGGGAGGACAGAUCCCAGAGCUGGUGUUCUACGCCUGAGGAACACGUUCAGACUGGCCCGUUACAGGGCACACACACACACACACACACACACACACACACACACACACACACGCGCACACACGCACACAC